AUGAUAUCAGAUACACUGAACCAUCAGAAAAGACUAGAAGAACCACAAUUGCAAUCACAAUUGCAACCACAAUUGCAACCACAACCAAAACCAGUUCAACCUUAUCCCCACCAAUAUCAAUACAUGCACCACAAUUUGAGCGAUAGCAUUAUUGCUAAUUGCCCUACACCCUCAAUUGCAGACGACCAAUUGCUUGAUAAGAAUAACUUCCAAACAUUGCAAUCAAUGAGAAAAUCUAAUAGCUCACCAAACAAUUACUUUUCAUCAGUAACCACAGUCUCUGCAAAAAAUGCUAGCAUUUCAGCUACUACUGCUACUGCUGCGGUUCCAGCUGGAACUGCUGGAACUCCUAGAGUACCUGGAAUGAUGGCAGCAUCCAAGACCAGCUCUUUUGAAUCGCAAUUGCCCUCACAGCAGCCAUUGUCGCCCCCAUUAUCACCAUACCAAAGGAAUGCUGAAUUACACACACUCGGUGGAAACAUACAUCAUCAAUCAGAAAUAUUGAAACUGCACCAAGUAUUACAAUCACCAUUACCAACAACUACUAUUACCACAGAAACAACUGCAUCAUCACCUCCACCACCAUCAAAACCAUUUUUGGAUUCAUCCAAAAACUACAAAUUGGAAAACUUUAGAGAUUACAAGCUAACAAUUAGUGUUAAACCAUCAAAGUCAUACUAUGCCCAUCAAUUUGAGUUUCUUGACAAAUACUCCUCCAUCGCGUCUGCAGAACACAAAACUAAUAAUGCUGCUUCGUUGCACAUGCCAGUAAGAAAGUACAAGAAACGCUCAUACUUGGGCAACUAUGACUCCAAUGAUGAAUCGUAUGAAAGUGGAGCCACUGCUGGAGCCACUGCUGGGGUGCGUACGCGUCGCUUAGCCAAAACCAAAGAAAUUUUUGACAAUAGCGAUACCGAUGUUGCCACACCAGUCAAGAAACGCAAGAGAGUAGCUACACCAUCCAACUUUGGCCACACACCUUCGCAUCUGAGUACACCAUCAUCACCAUCAAUGUCAAUUGCUAUGCAGCAACAACUUUUGAUUGACGAAUCGAUACCAGAUUUCUCGCCCGAUGCUCAAGCAACUUUACCAAACAAUGCCAAGUGUCUCAAAAUAGAAUGGAAAGGCCAACCAAUGGACUUGACCAACGACCCAAACCUCACAAAGUACAAGCUUCAUCCAGCAGAGAUUCAUUUGGCUUCGAUUUUGAGGUUACCAGUCGCCGUCUAUAUGGACUCCAAACGUCGGUUCUUUUUUGAAAAAGUGCAAAAGAUCAAAGCUGGCAAGAUGUUUAGAAGAACAGAUGCACAAAAGGCAUGCAGAAUCGACGUCAACAAGGCCAGUAGGUUGUUUGCCGCAUUUGAGAAAGUUGGCUGGUUGAAUGACAAGUUGUUUGAAAAGUACUUGUAA